AUGUCAUUGGCGAAGCUGAUCGUCGUGGGCAGAGCUAUUGCAGAGUCAGGGCUUUUGGAUCCUGUUCAAUGCUCAGAAAACCUGCAAGUAGCCAUAAACAACUCCGACCAUUUGACCGUUUUAGAACCCAAACUACCCUUGUUACACAAUUGGAUUUCAAACGGUGUAUCCAAUGGACUAAAGAAGAGUACGAUAGAUCCUAAUGACCUUUAUGACGUGAGAGGGGUUUUCAAUAUCGCAGAUCUUGAACUGCUCGGUCUCCAGAUCUUUUCCAAACUACUCAUCGAAGAUGGCGAGGACCGAUUUUCUUUUGGCAGAAUCGCAGAGCCAUUGAUAAUAUCGCAUGCAUGGUCUCCAAUUGAUGAUUCUACACGAGAUUGCUUCCUUGGAGUAUUACUCAACACAGGCGAGGUUCUUGUCUUGAAGAGAACGACUCAAGAUUCAGGUCAGUACGAUGUCAUCAUAAGGAGCUUUACGAGUCUCCUUGACAACAUGAACAUACCACUGAAUAGAUUAACCAAUGAGGGGGACAUCAUAGUGACCAAUGCAGAGCAUCUUGAAUUGAAGAUCACCAGUUUCACAUUCGGGAAGGCUUCCAAUGGCGCUUUGUAUAUUCUACUAGCGCACGAGAGCGGGCUGAUUUCUAUUCAUUCAUUGACACAUGGAUUGCCUGAGUUAUCGAGGCUUCAAGCCAGUGGAACUAUCGUCAAAAGUGCCUGGUCACAGGAUCUAUCUACGACCGCAUUGCUUAUGUCUGAUAAUUCUGUUCAUAUCAUCUCCUUAGAUGCCAACUUACAGCCAAAGAGUGAUAUCCAAAAUGUGAAAUCGGCCUCCAGAUUUCUUGUUUCGCAUCUAAAGUUUAUCUCUACGGACACCCUCAUUGUGACCGACAGCAAAGCGCUUCAUGUUAUCAAGGGUGGCUCGACUCGAGAAACAAAGUUACCUUAUAGAUCCACCAUCCUGGGGCUUUCAUUUGCUCAAUCAUCCGCUGGCUACACGAUUUUUCUUUCAUUUGAGUCUGGCCACUUCUCGUUGCUCAAUAUCAAUGAAGCGGGCGAAUGUACCCUCCGACCACUGCCUCAGACAUGGACGAACUUUGUCAAUCGCACUCUCCUUCAAUUCCAGUAUGCUUGUCUCAAGGAACAGAACAAGGCACCGUCAAAUGUUUUCAAACCAUUUCUCAAUGAUAAGGUGGAGGGUAACCUAAUGAUUCAUGGCUCACAUCUCAGCUCAAAUGGUGACCUCGUUCUCGCUUAUAAUGUCGUGCCAAAAAACGUCAUUCAUCAUGAGAUUCGCUCAAAAGCUGAAUUUAAAGUGGCCGUUGUGUCUGCACUUGAACUCGAUCCUAAGAUUACGAUAAACCAAACUUCCGGCACCUCAAUCUCACAGAUCCAUGGCGUACUACUAAGAGACUAUCAGUCUUUUCCAACACCUGCUUCGAAUGGUAAAGAGGGUAUUGAUGAGUUUAUUCAAGCUCUUCAAGAGUGGAGAACGCGUAAGUUUAUUGACUUUGGCGAGGUAAAUCUCACCAUUUCACCUCACGAAUCGUUGACCGAAACAUUACAAGAGGAAUUUUUAAACAAUAACUCGAUUCGAGACUUGCAGAAACUACUUACUUUUAAUUCAGCAUUCCUUGCCACUUUAGAGGUCCUUGGAUCGAGCGAAGAGUUGGGUAUUGUUACCGCUCCGGCGAAGCAAAAUGUGAACGAUGAACUGGAGAUGAUAAGAACCAAACUUGCGACGCAACUCCGCCAAGCAGUGCUAUCAUCGGUGAAGUUCAGCGACCUUAUUGAAGCAGACAAGUUUUUGUAUCUUUCGUUUGUCAAAAUUUCUGAACUUACCGGAGGAGGUAAAAUGGACGGAGUCGACAGACUUGGUAACGGAAACGUUUCGCGUGGCCAUGAAUCAAAAAUAUGA